AUGUUCGAGGCAAAUACUGGGUCGCUGGCAAGAUAUCUUCGCGUGCAUGCUAAUACGGAUCUAGGCCGACUUGUCUACACUCUAUUCCGAAGGACAGACUUCCCGUUCCGAGCUGCCCUCCAUUUGCGGAGCAACUUGCAGACAAGCUCGCGCACCGCUACCAUUCCCAAGGUGCUGCCGCCCCAGAUUUUGUGUACUUUCACCAGCAAGGGUGCUCAGUGGGCUACCUUAGGAUAG